UUCUGUAGGACCUGAAAGUGGGGUAAAAUGUAAUCUAAAAUAUUACACUGCCUGUGUUUGCUGCGCCGCAGAUCAUGUGACUACCUGCAGUCACCACAGCAACCUAAAAAAUAUUUCCUUAUAUUGUAUGUUAUUAUUUAUUUUUUUUGUAAAGUUUUGUUUAAUCAGCCUGUUUGUUUUUUUUCUUGCACUGUUAGGACCUCCGCACCGCAAUGCAUUGUGGUAUAAUUCUCUCCCGGUCUUCUUCGUGUCCAUUUGUCAAAUCAAAACGGACUUUAUGCGCAUGGCUUUUAGGGGCUACACGAAUCAAGUGACUGCGUGUUGACGAGGAUCAUAACUCUGAUUGGAUGACGUUCCGAUUUUUGAAAGAUGCACUUUUCGUCGGACAUUUUGUGUGACUGUAAACGAGCCUCGGUCUUUUCAGCUCAGCUCUGACCGGACAGGACGUCUAGUUGAAAGCAGACUGAAAAACCUUUGCACUCUUGUGGAUUUAUCCAGCAAACUUCGACCUUUUCGAUCCAGGACAACUUAUUCAGCUUCUCGGACGUGUUUGUGGCUUUGCUUGGGUGCGUGUGUGUGUGGGUUGUUUUUUUUUCUAGAGAUGCCGAGGAAGAAGAACUUCAGGAUUUCGCAGGCGGCUCGGAGGAGGGCUGCGGACAGACGGACCCUUGACGUUUCUCCUCAGGUUCCCAUGGACCGCUGUGCACCGCAUGGCACUGGGCACCGGCACAAGGUGAAGAGGUGGGAGGUGUCGGUGCUCACAGGGCGGCAGCACAAGUUGGUUCUUCCGCCGGAGUCCCACGGCAAAAAGGUGGUUUUUGCUAUUGGUGACUCCCAUCUUCGAAGCCUUGCAGAUGGCAUCGUGCGGUUGCCUGAGGGUCGUCUGGCGUGGGGGUUCAUGUCAACGCCUGGGGCAAGCGCCACCGAGUUGAGAACUGAGGUGCUUCAUGCUGAGGUGCCUCAGGAUCCCGACUUGGUGUGCGUCUUGGCUCCGAGCAAUGACUUGACCGCCAAGCACACCAUCGGUCGUGCGGCUGCAGACUUCGAGCGGUACCUAGCCACCGUCUGCAGUCGCUGGCCGAAGGUGUGUGUGCUGGACUUUCCUCCGAGGUUGACCGUUGAGGACUCCCUGCAAGAGCUCUACCGCCAGGAGUUCCACCGUGUGGCAGCCCGCAUGGCUGUGAAGUACUUCCACAUCGCGGACCACUUCCCCCGGCAGUGUCUCAACCUGUGGAGUCGCGAUGGUGUAAGUAGAGCAUUGUUCUUGUCAUGGUUUGAUGCACUCGUGUUCAUGUCAGGUCACCUGAGUGAUGACGUCGGCAUGGAGAUCUUCGCCCAGCUGCUGUGGACGGUUGCUUACACGCAAACUGGAGACCGUGCCGCCAGCCCCGCCGGUGUGUCGUCCAUCCCACCUUCUCGCUUCACUCCCCGUUGGGUUGUGAAGGGAGAGGUGAGGGUGCGUCACAGCCCUGGGCCCGAGGAGUGGACUGUCGUUGGUCCGAGCGGCAAGUCCUCUGGAGGAUGCAGUGCAGUUCAGGCGGGAGCCGGCUGGCCAUCCCCCCUGAAUCCUGUGCUGUUCAGCAGUGAGAUGUUGGAGGAGAUGGAGAAGGUUUUCUCCAAUCAAAUCUGA